AUGUCCAAGACUAUUGAUGCUAAUCUUCAUAACGCCGUGACGAACUGUACCAUAUUGGACCCAGCAACCUAUAGUAGGAGCAAGGGCAUUUACGUUAACUACACUAUACCAGGAAGCAGCUUCAACUAUACGCAGUACUUGCAUAAUACUGACGAUAGCAAACAGUAUUUUAUUGGCCAUAUAAUCCCAUGCUUCUAUGCGUUAAAUGACCAUACAUAUAUCAUGGCCGAAAAUGAUAUCAAUAUCGAACCCAUCAGAAAUGGCCUAAUCGUGGUUUGCAUUGGGGCCCUUAUACUUGUUCUCAUAUUUGUAUGCUUACUAGUUGCGGCUGUCGUUUUUGUUGUACAUCUAUUCAAGAUCGAACUAAAAAGCGCAGCUCGUACAAUCAAUGAGCAAGUGACCAGGAUUACUUCGCAGCUCAGACGAAAACUUGUUACUCAACACCUAAAUGAAAAUACAAUAGCCAAGGCAUCUACCGGGCACUCCCUGAGCAACUAUACCAAUAUGUUGUUGGUAUCUUGCAAAAUGGGGAUUAAAGCCACCAGAUCGUGGAUGAAAACUACAUUUGCUCAGAAAAGAUCAAAAAGUUCUCAAUUCAAAUACAGUUACGAUGUUAAGGAGACAGGUCAUCAUAAUUCGCAAACUGGUUGA